UACCGCGUGUUACAUACAUGCAUGUGCCGUGCAUACAUCACGCACACAUCGUGAUCGUGUGGCCCAUUUACUCGGCGGAUCGCGAUGGAACACGCCCAUUCCGCGCUUAUGCAAUCGUAAACAUCGCGAGCGUCGCCGCCGCCGUUUCACGAAACACGCGAGCUCUCGGCCGACUUCGUGCACAAGCGUCGUUUUUAUCUUAAGUCAUCGGCGCUGAUAGUCAGAAGCGCGUUGUGCUGACAGCGGCUGGCAUCCGACGCAGAUCGUGUCGAACGUGAUUACCCCCCAACGACCCCCUGACGUUCGUGAUUCCCCCCGUUUCUCAUAAGCGUUACGAAAGGUAACUCGGCGCGGGUGCUCGGCAGUGCAGGAGGAAUAAUAAGUCAUUCAAUGGUUAACCAAAUACCUGUGCCGCAGGCCAAGUAUGAAUUGCUAACCAACAUACGACAACCGCGCUGGAGAACGCAAGUCGUUUGUCUCACUUUGACAUUCCUCAUCGUCGGGGUGCUGUUUAUCACGCGCGCCUGGUUCGGCAUACUCCUGCUGAAGGCACCGCGGGCCGACAGAUUCGUCGAGGAGCACAUUGACGAUGCCAAGAUUGCUACGUGGCUACGUCGGGCUCGGAUGUACGCCGAGUCGACGAAGGAGAAUCAGAAUGCGGACAGGAACACAAGUGUCGGCGCAUCGGAACAACACCACCGCAAUACCACCAGCCAGGUCCUCGUAUGCUACUAUACAAUACCGGGGGACCUGAACACGUCGUGGGAGCUCAGUCCGUCGCACAUUGACCCUCAUAUUUGUACGCAUAUUAUCGUGGGUUUUGCGAGCGUGGUGAACAAUAUGCUCGACAUAGGCAGUAAUGGGCGAGUAUACGAGCAAGUAGUUGCUUUAAAGAAUUUCGAACCUAAUUUGAAGGUCAUGAUUAGCGCCGGCGGAAACAAUGAGCUCCAUGAUGGUUUCUCCGAGAUGGUGAAGAAUCACACGAAUAGAAAGAAGUUCAUUCAAUCAGUAUUAAACGUAACCAAAACUUACCAUUUGGAUGGUUUUGACGUUGACUGGGAAUUUCCAGCAUGGUUAGGAGCGGAAGAUCGUGAAAGAAUACACUUUGUGCAGCUAUUACAAGAAUUACGAAAGGAAUUUGAUCGCAGCGGACAAAAAUUGAUUUUAACAGUAGCAGUUGCGGCGCCACAGGCUAUUGUGGAUCAAAGUUAUAUUAUUCCUGUAAUGGCAGAGCACAUCGAUUUUAUAAAUCUCAUGUCGUACGAUUAUCAUUUCUACGUUUGGUACUUCCCGGUUACAGAUCUGAAUGCCCCACUUUUUCCUCGUUGUACGGAGACGGGCUAUUUAUCUACGUUAAACGUAAAUUUUUCUGCUCAUUAUUGGCUAGCGAAAGGAAUGCCUCGAGAAAAGAUUGUCGUUGGCAUACCGACUUACGGACACUCCUAUAAUUUAGACAAUCCGUUAAAUCAUAAUUUACAAGCACCAGCGAACGGAUUUGGGAAGCUUGGCGUAAAAGGCUUCGUGUCUUAUUCUACGAUGUGUCAAUUUUUUAAAUCCGAUGCUAUAAGCGUUUUUAACCAAGAAAGUCGUGUGCCGUAUGCAUUUAAAGGCAAGGAAUGGAUAUCUUACGACAAUGAGGAGAGUGUCUAUUAUAAGAGUACGUGGAUUCGUACCAAUGGUUUCAAGGGAGCCAUGAUUUUAUCUUUAAAUGUUGACGAUUGGAACGGUACUUGCUAUGGUACGAACGAGACAUUUCCUUUGACACGUACCGUUUCAAAAGUGUUAUUUAAAGAGUCUGAUAAGUAACAAGAUGUCAAUAGGAUCAUAAUAAUCUAAAUAUGCGCAGUCAAUGAAUCUAACUAUUCCGAAAGCUUAAAGCUUACAUUAAAACGAUCCAUUCCAUCGUAUUCCUACUUAAGUAUUGAUAUUUGUACUCUACCUCAGUUGUUCAAAGAUUCUUUCAUAUAAAUAAGUUGCUGAAGUA